AGGAGGAUGAAAGCAAUCAAGACCCAGCCUUACAUGAACAGACUAGAAGCAGAGUGAUAGAGGGUUUAAAAGGCAGGAAGGUUACAGUGUUGUAUGAGGGAUCAGCUGCUGGAAGAGCCUACUGUUGCUUCCCCCCGCCGUGAGCCGUGCUACCUUAAGGAGCUUACAACAGAUGAGAGCGAGGUUGUCGAACUGCAGAUGGGGUACUUUAAGGACAACAAGAUCUGCACCUCCUCACAAACAGAGAAAGUGGUUGUAAUCCAGGAUGAGACCGAGAUAACAGACCUUCUGGCCAAGCAGAAUGAAGCAAAGAAGAGGAAGACUGUGUCAACCCAAACAGACUCUCUUACUUCUUGUGAAGCAAGUGUGCAGAAGAAUCCUAUGGUGGAGAGCUGUCUUCAGUUCAUGGCAAACUAGACGAGAUUCUCGGUAUUCUACAUGCAACUUCUGCUGACCUUUCCUUUAAGACCAACAACAUUGCCAAUGUAAGCGACAUCGUUAGAUGGGUAACAGAAAACACAUCGACUCCCAAGCCAGG